AUGGCUCCAGAACAAAGCAUGGGCCCUCUGGGUCUUCAUUCAUGCCGUCUCACCCUCUUACCCUGUGCCCUCUCUCCAUACCACGUGGCCCAGUGUGCAUUAUGUGGCUGUGAUUUGGCACAUUCAGGAUUCUUCCAGAAAAGUGGCGAGUACAUCUGCACAGCAGACUACCAGCGCCUGUACGGCACAAAGUGUGACAGUUGUGAGGACUUUAUCUCAGGAGAGGUGGUCUCUGCUCUGGGCCGCACAUUUCAUCCACAGUGUUUCGUCUGCAGCAUAUGCAGGAAACCUUUUCCAAUUGGGGACAGAGUGACGUUCAGUGGUAAAGAAUGUAUCUGUCAGCACUGUUCCCUCAAACUGGUUAAUUCCAAUGAGCCAAUCAAAAUCCAUGGGCCCAGCCACUGUGCAGGUUGUAAGGAGGAGAUUAAACAGGGUCAGUCUCUGCUGGCAUUAGAGAAACAGUGGCACGUCAGCUGCUUCAGGUGUCAGACCUGCGGCCUGGUCCUGACGGGAGAGUACAUCAGCAAAGACGGGGUUCCUUACUGUGAGUCAGACUACCAUGCCCAGUUUGGGAUAAAGUGUGAAACAUGCAACAGAUACAUCAGUGGACGUGUGCUGGAGGCUGGUGGGAAGCACUACCACCCGACUUGUGCUCGCUGUGCCAGGUGUCAGAUGGUGUUUAUAGAAGGAGAGGAGAUGUAUCUCACAGGUUCAGAGGUGUGGCAUCCCGUGUGCAAACAAGCAUCUCGAGCAGAGAGGAAACUCAGACUCAGGCGCACAUCAGAAACCUCCAUCUCUCCACCAGGCUCUAGCAUUAGUUCACCUAGCAGAGUCAUCUGUGCUAAAAUGGAAAACGAGAUCCUUGAUUACAAAGACUUGGCAGCACUACCUAAAGUUAAAGCCAUUUAUGAAGUGCAGAGGCCAGACUUCUGGUCCUAUGAGCCCAGUCACAGAUACAGCUCCGAUGACAAGCUAGAGCGUCUCAGCUAUGGGGAGUCUUUGGGCACACUCUCCCCUUAUUCUCAGGACAUGUAUGACAGUAUGGACAUGAGGAUGAGAAGAUCCUCCAGUCCGGGGUACAUAGACUCCCCCACUCACAGCAGACAGGGCAUGUCUCCCAUCAUGCCCCGCUCUCCACAGCACUAUUACAGAUACGGCACUGAGAGUGGCAGAAAUUCACCCUAUUACAAUCAGCUAGAUGCCCGGUCCGGCACGCCCACCACAAACCAAGCUCCCAAGCAUUUCCAUGUUCCAGGCAAUCACUGCAAUCCAGCAACCAAGAGCAAGACCAGUGAGGACAUUGUCCAUUCUUCCAAAUUACCAUCAGCCUACUCGCCUGAACACUACCAGCACUCAGAGUCUGAUAACUACCAUUACACCAGCUCUCCUAAAUCUUUACGUGCUAUUCGGAGAAGGUACUCAUCAGGUGGAGAAGAGGAUGGCUGGAGUCACGGUCUUCAAAGAAUUCAGGGUGGUAUCGGUAGGAUGAUCUUGAAGGAGGAGAUGAAAGCCCGCUCCGGUUCCUAUGACAACGACCCCUGGGGCAGCGCACGGAACUCCCGCAGUGGGAGCAGGGAGAUGUUGCACAGCAUGGGCCACAACAACACAGUUAACGGCUCUCCUCGGACAAACUUUGCAGUUGAGAAUGACUACAUAUCCAAGUCAGCUUCUUUGCCUGGAUAUGGCAGGAAUGGAUUGCACAGGCCACAAAGUGCAGACUACUAUCAGUAUGACAGUGGCAAUGAAGUCAACUGGGGAAACAGAGAGUACAAGAUCUACUCAUAUGAAGCACUUCUUGUGACCUCCAGGGGGCGUAACAGGUUACCAAAGGAUGUAGACCGGGCCAGAUUGGAGCGACAUCUUUCCCCUGAGGAGUUCUAUCAGGUGUUUGGGAUGACGAUGGUUGAGUUUGACCGUCUGGCACUGUGGAAGAGGAACGAGAUGAAGAAACAAGCCCGGCUGUUCUAACAUCUCUGUCCCACACGCACACAGAGACCUGAAUACCUGUU